AUGAGUGAAUUCAGCUCUGAGUUCACGGUUAGGAACGCCGUCCAGUACAGAAAACUUCGAAAGGCUGGACUCGUGUCUGGUGUGAACUCAGUAUUGCCAACAUAUGAUUAUGACGAUACUGAAAAGAAGAAGGGAAAUGAUAUUAGAGCUAUCUCUAUAGUGCAGCUGGCUGUACAGAUCUUGCCCUCUCUGCUUAUUGCUCUGUUGGGACUCGCGUUGGCUGGGUCAAGGUUGGAUAGGUUGCAAAAGUACGCAUCGUUUCAAGCCAAACCUUCCUUGUUUAUACUCGCACCUGUGCUGCUCAACCUCAAGGGAUGUCUCGAAACAAGCCUCGCAUCCCGCAUAUCAACAUCCGCCCACCUCGGAAUGCUAAACUCGACACACCAAAUAACCACUUUUGCCACUGGUGCACUGGCACUCUUACAAUGUCGAGGCAUGGUGGCUGGCUGUAUUGCUGGCGUCUUCGCAUGGACUGUAUCGAGAUCGUCGUGGAGAGACUUGUUUGCUUCGAUGAGUGCUGGGAUGCUGUCUGCGUGUUUGAGUGGAGGCAUCAUGUCGGUUGGGUUGACAGUGUUGGUGGUGUUUGUUAAAAGGGUUGGGCAGGACCCGGAUAUCUUUGCGACGCCGUUAGCGGCUAGUGUUGGAGAUCUUAUUGCUAUUAUUGUGCUGACGAAUGUUGCAGAGUUUAUUCAUGCUUAUAUGGGUACUCUCACAUGUUUCUUAUUGGUGGCGGCCAUGUUUUCAACCCUUCCAUUCUGGGUGACGCUAGUGCAACGCAACAAGCACGUCAGUCAGGUCCUAACAGUUGGAGCACUACCAACAGUACUAUCACUCGGAAUAUCUUCAUUAGGUGGAUUUGCACUAGAGAGAAUGAUGUUGCCAUUCCCUCAUUUGGCUGCAUUCGCUCCUGUUAUUAACGGAACCUCCCAUAAUCUAGCCACGAUAUUCGCCAGCAGGCUCUCAACCCGUCUCCAAGUCUCCAAAGACCAAGACACGGCCUUGAGAAUAGACGCCAUGGCUCUUGUGAUUGCAAACAGCAUAGUCCAGAUCCUAUUCCUUAUAUUAACAGCCGUGUUUUCGCUCGAUGCGAUAUGGCUGCAUCCGUUAGUUGUGGUUGCCGAGCUGUUGGCUAGUGCAGCAACGACAUUCUUGUUGCUGGGACUUGGUGUGGCUCUUGUCAGGAGGCUCCACGAGCUGAAGUUGAAUCCAGAUGAUUUGGCGUUUCCGAUAUUGACUGGAAGUAGUGAUCUUUUGGGCACGUGCUUCUUGGGACUAGCUGCUCUGGCGUUGAAGGGUUUGGGGUUGACGCCGUUCUCGGAAUGA